AUGCGCUGGUGUUUCCUGGUUGUGAGGCUGGCGGUCUCGGUACUCAGUCCGGGCCCCAGCCUGGUAAGUUGGACAAUUUGUUGGGGGUCACCUCUGAGGGAGGGGAGACUUCCAACUCUGCGGGGGAGUUGGAGGCUCCCACCCGUGCGGAGUGUACCGGAGACAGGGAACAGGCUGUUCCCUUGUCUGGUGACUGUUUUACGGGUGAGGCCCACCUGGAGGGCCCAUCCAAUUCGGCUGAUGAGGAGGUGGAGGAGGAGUCCACACCACGCCUCAGGCCACGGGACAGAACCAGGGAAGUGUCGGCACCGUCCCGUCCGACAGAUCCUGUGGUCCCGCCCAAUCUAA